GGGGCGAGCGGCGGCUCAGGGGGGUGGGGCGCUUGGCAGGAAACGGCCGCAGGGGCGCUCUGGGGGUGGCCCUGCCUCAGACCGGCCCUGUCCGAGCCUUGUCCGAACCCGUUCCGAGCCUGAGUCCUCAUCCGCCAUGGAGCUGGAGGAUGACUUCGAUGCUUUCGAUCCAGAGCGAUUAAUACAGUGUCCAUAUAAUAAGUAUCAUCAAAUCCGAGCCUGUCGGUUCCCCUACCACCUUGUGAAGUGUCGGAAGAGCUAUCCUGAAGUUGCAAAGGAAUUGGCCACAUGCCCCUUCAACGCUCGCCAUCUGGUUCCUCGGGCUGACCUCAGCGAUCACAUAAAGAAGUGCAAUGACAAAGGGUUCAUUGAGCAAGACAUAGUGAAUGAGUCCUCUGGCUCCCAGAGAGAGCAGAUGAACGCUGUGAGCACAUGGCAGGCACCUCCCUGCGACGAAGACUGGGAAACAGAGUCGCUGGAACAGUCAGAUCCUCCUUUCAUUUGGGGCAUGACCAAUUCUGGCAAAAACAGUUCCAGUGCCACCUUUGAAAAAAAGAAUUGCUUGCCUUCGAGAGUCCGUGCCCCUGGGUCCUUCCCAUACUCUGCAUCAUGGAAAGGCUAGUUUGGAGUGCGAGUGUCUCUUCUCCCCGAAGUUCGUUCCCUCCCAGGACUCAGUGACUCGUUUCCCAAGACCACAGAGCUCCUGCAAUCAGCAGAUAUUCCCUGGACCUAAUGGCAGGACUCUGUGGAUUGGCUGUUGCUGCAUGAUGUGUUUUUGCAAAACUCGAGUUUUAAAAACUAUCCUUGGUUGCCAAGUCUUUCUCCCAAGCACUUGUUUCACAAAUUAACCUAAUCUUCAUUUGGUGAGCGUUGUUACUGUUAUUGAGUAAAUGGGUUGAUAAAUUUAUGCAACACCAACUUGGAAAUCCUCACUCCUUGGACAGGAAUUGGCAAGUCAGGUCAGGUCACUUCUUAAAUGGCAGCACUGAUGAUCUGCAAAGUUGUUUGUUUGCUCCAGUGAUCUGGACAGGCAGAACUCUUUUGAAGUUGGGAUCAGUUUUAAGUGGCAGGCGUGGAGAAGGGGGGUGAUUUUAAGUAGAGGAGGUGGGGUCUGAUUAGGUUCCUAAUUAUAGAAGCAAUAGUGGGGAACAGAACAGCAUGAGGUUGCGUGUAUCACUAAAAUCUUGUCCCUUAGCACGUGCGUUUGCAAAAGAGGCCCCUUCAGAGUUUGUACUUAAGAUGUUUUGUGCUAAUUAAACAAAGGGUUGCAAUUAUGCCUAGGGAUUGCAAUGCCCUGUAAAAUGGCAGAUUUGUGUGAAUUCAGGCCUUGGUGUGGUAUGAACUCUUAUAGUCCCAUUUCAGCGAAGGUCAGGAACCAAACACCAGAGGAAUUUCUAGGAAUUUGAACCCUGCACCUACAAAGCAGAGCUACAUAUUCCUGCUCUCAGGUAUAAUUAUAGGGUGUCUGGAGCGAUUUCUGUGGGACUUUUACAGGAUGCUUGUGAGAACAUUUGGUUGUUUGCUGGGGAGGCGCAGAAAAUGUUCACUGGGGUGAGCUGUGGUCACAACAUCUGUAGCCGGUGAACUCUCAUUUGAGGGCCUGUUAGAGCCUGGAGAGCAUAAAGUAAAUUCCGAGAGUUUCUCUGGUACGUAAAGCAGCUGAGACUUCCUACUGCAUAAUGUUUAAUUAAUAGCAUCUGGAUCAGCCAAAACUAGAAGUAUUUCUAUGCGCAUGUACAUUUUGCUUUUGAUCUUGUCAGUGUCUGAGUUUAUGCACAUAGAGUAUGUAAAGUGGACAGUUUGGGUUUUAAACUACGUUUGUCAUCUAUAGAGGCUUCUGUCUCCUUCCUAGAAAACGUCCCGAUCGCACCUUUGCAGCUUCAAACCUGAACCCCUGUCAUGUGGGUGCCUGGUGCUUUGAGCCAUAUGGUAACGAGGAAUCCUCUGUGAAUUCACUACGAUACACAUAAUGCCACGCAGGUGAAGUUUAAAGGGUGUACUUAAGUAUUUGUGUAGUUUCCAGCAGAGUUUUAUAGUUUUCUAACACUUAAAAUACGUUUGAGAGCUCUAAUGUAACUGUUCUUUGUUGUGGAGGUGUGGGGAGGUAGAAAUGGUUCUAAUCACAAAAAAUACACAUUUGGGACUGUGUAGAUGUUUGGAUCAAGCGGUAUGUUUCUGAAAAUGGGGGCAAAGUACAAACGGGAUCUAAAUGUACAAACACAAAACACUUAAGAAACCAGGUAUGGUGUUUGUCUAGAAAGAAAUUAACGCCUUUUCACGUCUCGAAAAGAAUGUUCCUCAAAAUAUUGAACUUUCACCAAUCUAAAAUACGUGUUGACUACUGUGCAAAAUUAGGAUUAUUUUCAAGUUAGGUUCUGUCAAACGUUCUUGUUGGCAAUUUAGAAUAAAAAUGUUACAAAUGC